UUAACGCGAAGCAACUCCAGGUUAAAGUCAGAUAAUACGGAGAAAUUAUGAAUAAACAUGGUGAUUUGCCAGUUGGUACACUGAAAAUAAAAUGUAAAAUAUAAUGAUAACAUUCAGCAAAAGGAAGUAGCAAGUCCAAUUUUGCUGGCUAGAGCAGAUCAAAGAAAACUUAAAAAUAAAAUAAUUUGCUUUAGCAAAACAGUGAACAAGUUUUUGGAACGCUGUAAUAUUUCAAGCAUUGUAUACUACAACGCUAAUUUUGCCUUGUUAUUCAACAGAUUUCGAUGUAUGAUAAACUCUCGGCUAUCACCAUCAAUAAUUAAUUUUGAAAGAUAAUCAUUCUGACUCGAUAUUAUCGCCGAAAUGUGAAAGGUUAACGUUGCAGGUGCUCGAACCAUCUUAUUUUUACAUUAAAAAUAGAUAGGAAUAAACAUUUCUAGAACAAAAAGCAGAAGUCUAAUAAAUGAACGUCGCUGAUAAACUGUGAUGAUGUACAAUCAAAAAUGGGCACGUACAAUUGAGCUGAUAGUAGUAGUGCUUUUAUUCACAGUUUUUAGCAGUAGCAAUGGCAAAAACUUAGUUAUCCCUCAGCUAGGUAAAAGCGAUAUAUUUAAUAGUGAAUAUGAACGCGUGCAACAAAAAUCAAUGCCAAUGGAAUUUGAUGUUUCUGAAGCUGAACGCGGUAAAAAAAUUAAUCAGCGGUUGCAACCCCGCAGUGUUAAAUAUAAAUAUUUUGCCUUGGAAAGCGGGACAGAUGUAUCGAUAUCGUCAACAAUAGUACCACUUCAAAAUUCUACCGAACUGGAUACCGACGAGAAAACUUCAGGAGAUACGCUAAGUAUGGUUGAAGCUCUCUCGGAAACGUCGAGUAUCACUCCAACAACGCAUCGACCAGUACGACUUUCUGUUUCGUCAAAUAUAUCCUCACAGGAGAGGGAGCGGAGACUGAUGAUGGUUCUGGCUGCCCGUCGUAAUGCAUUACCUCGUGUGAGUGUCCGAACACGCCUUGGCACCACCGGACGAUCCUCACUCUUAGAGACAACAUCUAAAGCACCAAGUGAUGUACGAUCAGAUUGUUUAAAAAACUGUACAAAGAACUUUACGCGUCGUACGACUGCUAGUUGUAUGCGAAAGUGCUCUAAUUUAACACGUACAAUGAAUGGUACGGUUAUCAUUCACGAAUCAUCUCUAACCGGUUCAGCUACGCUGACCUCCGAUCGAGACAACAACGAGAUACUCUUUACGGACGAAUCUUCCCAUGGACUAUUUAUUGUUGCAAAGGGACAAAAUGAUACAUCAAAUCAUAUACAAGAUGUUAUGAAAAAUGUGAAAGUGCGGCCUAAAAAUAAGGAUUUAUCAUCAGUAACCAUUACUUCCAGUUCCAUUGAGGAAGAUGAUAUCCAACCGUACUUGUACUUCGGUGAAAAACUUCCACCUAUUAAGCCCGAUACAUUGACUAUUACUUCCGUUAGCGAGGGACUUCCCAGGCUAUUGGAGAUUUCUGCAAAUAAAUUAGGUCCUACUACUCCUACCUCACGCGUCUCUUCAUCAACUUUAACCGCUGUUGAGCGCAGCCGAUCAAGAUAUAAAUAUAGAGAUCGAGGAUACAACUAUUCUAGACGUUCGCCUCCGCAUGCGAGUGCAAUAACUUCCGUGGAAACUAAGAGUGGACUUUCUUUUAACAACGAAAGUAUAGCAUCUUUCAUCAAUGAAAAUAAAGAACAGAAUAUGGACCAAAGAGUUGUUUUACAAUUAACAAAACUACCAUCUGUUACAUCUACAGUUGUUUCUUCUACACCAUUAUUAAUAACGGUUUCCGACGAGAGUAAUGAAACUUCUGGGCCUAUUCAGACCACCACAGAAUUCACUAAAAACUUUGUGUCUGAUUCACCCAUUAUUUUGUACCCUACAACGCUUCGCGUUCAUUCAACCAACGCUACAAUGAAAACAUUUGUCAGAAAUACAACUGUACCAAAUGACUCAAUCAUAAAAAUCACCUCUUCUGCGUUCAGAAAAUUAUCACCAGUUUCACCUACUGUUCGACCAAGAACAGUUGAUGAAGAGGGGAUUAGAAACCCUGAUUUUCUGAACCAAAAAGUAACACAAGAAAUUAAUAGUCACGAAACUGUAAAACCAACUACAAAUAAUACAAAUUCAAGGGCCAUUGUUAAAGAGGACAUUGAGAAACUUCGAGCUCUAGGCCCAAGUCUCACUCAAGAAAUAAAAAAUGAUGAAAACAUAGUUAUAUUUCUUAACCAGUCUUCUCGAGAUCGAUCAAAUGGGGAAAUAGAAAUCAUCGACAAACCAGGUGCAAUAUUACACCCGACUUUGAAAUCGAGACACUCCUAUGAGAAUCCAAUCACUGAAACACCAUCUGUGCCGUUAGAGUCAUCUUCUCCCAAUUCAAAUGAAGAUAUUGAACCCUCUCUUGUAGGUGUUAUAGAAACAGCCCCAAUGAAAAAACAGACUCAGCUUGAGCAAACGAAUAUAAAUAGAGGAGAUAUUAAGUAUACUUUCGUCGCCAAUGAUAGAGAAGUAUCUUUAGAUAUGCGGCGCGUUAAUAUUGCCACCAUGGUGCUGGCUGGAAUCGGAAUAAUACCUCUUUGUGCACUUACCCUUUACCUUGUGCGAUCAUACAUAUUUCGUCGCACCGUUAAAAUUGAGGAAGAUUUCGAUGUAUGCAUUGGUGACCAACAGCCUAUUAGUCCUGUAAAGAAACUUGAUUCGAAGUUUCAAAACAAAGGCGAAAAGGAAAACUAUGAAAUCGACCAUCACCGAUCCGAUCUUCCGAAAGCAAUUAACAAAGUUACCUCUCGGAAAACAAAUGAGGACAUGCGAUAUGAUGAACAAUGCUCAGUGACUAGUGAGCAAGAAUUUGAUCGUAGCAAUAUUCGCCUGAAGAGUCUACUAGGUGAGGGUAACUUUGGUCAAGUGUGGAAAGCUGAGGCAGAUAAUCUUAGCGGCCAUUUUGGAGCUACACGUAUUGUUGCCGUUAAAACGAUCCGGAAAUUCAGUCCUCAAUCCAGUUUGAAAGAAGAAGCAGACAUUAUGCGAAAACUGGGUUCACAUCAAAACGUUGUGACUCUGCUUGGCGUCUGCUUAGAAAUUGAGCCACACAUGCUAAUUAUGGAGUAUGCAAUGCGUGGACGAUUGUUGUCAUUACUGCGCGCUGCGCGUAGUGCUGUAAAUAUUUUACCAGCCUCAGUGCCUGGUGGUCGCAGUUCCACACCUCUGUCGCCACGGACGCUAGGUGGAUUUGCAUUAGACAUUGCUUGUGGAAUGGAGUACAUUGCUGAAAAGAGGAUUGUACAUCGUGAUCUUGCCGCACGCAACGUCCUUCUGGAUCAUAAUGGUGUUUGUAAAAUUUGUGAUUUUGGAAUGUCAAUUGAUUUAGAAGGUGAAUGUAAGCAGCAAGAGGUUGACCUAAAGAGUGCUAACAAAAUAAUAAGUAGCAAUACGAAGAGGAAAUUAGAUUUCGGCAGCCGUUUCAUAAUAAACCAUUGGAACAAUAACUUCAAUACAAACCAAAUCCCAACAAAAGAUGCUAUUGAAAAAAGAACCCAUUCUCAUGAUCACAGUCAUGGACAUGCUCAUGAUUCGAUUAAUCGUAGGCCUGCAUUACCAAUACGAUGGAUGGCACCAGAAGCGUUACAAUAUCAUAUUUUUACGCAUGAGACUGAUGUAUGGGCUUUUGGCAUAGUAUUGUGGGAAAUAUCUACAUUGGGAUCUACACCAUAUGCCAAUCUAACAGGACGCGAAGUUAUCCGACGAGUUCCAAAUGGUCUUAGGCCAGAGCUGCCAAAGGAAUCGCGUUUAGAAUUUUACAAUUUAAUGACUCGAUGUUGGCAUAAGGAUUCCCAUUUACGACCUUCGUUUUCAUAUGCGAGACAGGAAAUAUCUCGUUCCCUCCACAAAUGGGAUGAGGAUGACUCGGCAGAAUCGGACUAUAUGGAUGUUAGCGGAUUUAGUGAAGAUCUGGAACAUGGCAUGGUUUAUUUCAAUCAACGAAUAUCCGAGUUUGAAUGCGAAAUAUGACCAUAACUGAAACCUACCACUUUUAAUAUAUAAUAUUUUCCAAUAAUUCCAAGAGUGUUUUUGGCUUACAAUAUUAUGUUAAUAACUUUACAGUAAACUUAAUCCAAAUUAUCUCCUGAUAUCAACAAGUGCUAGCAGCAGUAUUAUUUACAUUAUAUCCAUUUACAGGAAUUUACAAGUGGAAUUGAUACAUACAUAUGUAUAUAGGAACAUAGUAUAUAUAUAUUAUAAUAUAGUUUAAUUUUAUCAAUGUAAAAAUGUAUACUUAAGAACUUAACAAACCCCACACAAUGUACAUAUUAAGAUUUUAAAUUGUUAUUUACAAAUAAACGAUAGUCGUAAUCUCAAAAACAUUUAAUUGUAUAUAAGCACACAUGCAUAAGCUAAGAUCAUUUAAUUAGAUUUUCUUCUAGUCUCUAGAAAAUUAUGAUUUGUUUAGAAUAUUAUAACUAAUAAUAAAGAUAAUAUGCUGCAGAGGUAUCUUUAAUACCUUCUUUCCCAUGAAUGAAAUAUAUAAUACUAAACAGAAUAACCUAACAUCCAAGAGUAUUAACCUUUCUAAUAAAUUGAAAUGUAAUAUUAAUAAAAAAUAAACAGAAAAAUCCGUAGUUUUUUUUAUACAAAAUUUUGUUAAAAUAAUCUCAAUUUUGAACGUUUUUACCUUAUGUUACUAAAUGACCAGUACUGAUUAAAGUAUAAUACCUUUUCGAACACAAGCAAAGCUCCAUAAUAAUGACCACAUUUUUAUGAAAGAUUUAAAUCGGAUUCAUUAUGUUAUAGAGGACGCCGUUCACGCUUCGCUGUGGAUGUGGUAUACAUUAAUUAUUAAUUAUUGAAUACAGUAAAAUUGUAUUUAUGAAUAUAAACGAAAACGCUAUUCCCGGUGUAACAUUAACCCCGUGGAUUACUUCUAAAUUUCAUGGAGCACAAAUAAACAUAAUAUACUUGUAUAUUACCACAUAUUGAUUUUUUUUUUAUUAAUUUUAUAUAUUGAAAGAAGUUAUUAAUUUUCAAAGUUGUUAAUUGAUAAUACUUAUGAUAAUAAAAGAGCGUAGAUCAUUCUUAUUUUUUAACAAUAAUGUUAAUAGUUUUUUAAUUAUAAACACUUUCAAAUUCAUAUUAAAUCGGCAAGAGGUAAGAAGACUAUUUCUCCAUUAAAAUUUCCAGUAAAAAUGGUUGCUACAAUAAUAUUUCCAGCAAUCUUUUUGAUUACCAAAUGUGGGCCAUUGUAUAAUUGAGUUGAAUUGAAAUUACACUGAAUAAUAAUGAUUGAAUAAUUCUCAACCGAUGAUUAUAUGGUAUGAUGUCAUUCCGGGAUAUAUCUAUCUAUCGAAUGAUUUAAAAUACACUCAUUUACUUGACGACAACUGUUAAUUGUUAAUUAAUUUCUUCAAUUUCUACAUAAUGUAGUUUUGUUUUGGCAUUCCCAAUAUAUAGAAAUUGUAACGGGUCAAUAAAAGCGCUACAAAAUUUUUUUUAAAUGAAACAAUAUCAAUGAAAUUCUUUAUUCCUUUUCCAUGGCCACCACGGGCACGCUUGCAGAAGUCCAGACGCUGAACCCAAUAUUUUCAACAGUUUUCAAGCAUAAAUUGACCGAUACUGCUGCAGUGUAAUCCAUGUGUACGCAAUUUAUUGUACUUUUACAGUUGCUAUGUGUUGUUAUAAUAAUUAUUAUUUUUUUUAGUAAAAAAAAAUAUUUAAAUAAUUCUUACAAACAUACUGUAAAUGCUUAUAAUUUGAAAUAUAAUUUUUGUAUUUAUGAAUUGUAUUGAAUUUUAACAUAAUAGUCUAACUAACAUGACUUAGUGUUACAUAUAUAUACAUAUAUACAAUGUUUAUAUGUAUAAUAUAAAAAUAUUUUAGCUAUCAUUGUAAAACACCAGUGUAAAACGAGAAUAGGAGAAAUGAUUAAAUAACAUAAAUAUUCGCAAUUAAGUAAAUGAGAUGGGCAAGAAAAAAUAUAAUUUAUUGUACUUUUACAGUUGCUAUGUGUUGUUAUAAUAAUUAUUAUUUUUUUUAGUAAAAAAAAAUAUUUAAAUAAUUCUUACAAACAUACUGUAAAUGCUUAUAAUUUGAAAUAUAAUUUUUGUAUUUAUGAAUUGUAUUGAAUUUUAACAUAAUAGUCUAACUAACAUGACUUAGUGUUACAUAUAUAUACAUAUAUACAAUGUUUAUAUGUAUAAUAUAAAAAUAUUUUAGCUAUCAUUGUAAAACACCAGUGUAAAACGAGAAUAGGAGAAAUGAUUAAAUAACAUAAAUAUUCGCAAUUAAGUAAAUGAGAUGGGCAAGAAAAAAUAUGUUGCAACCGCUUUAUAUUCUAAAAAUAACGCUCUUUGUUUAAAAUUACCACCCACGGUGAUCCAAUGUUUCACUAUGUGGCGUAGCAACGUAUCUAGAUUUUAAAAGCAUUCAGUUUACUUAUAAUUUUAAUGAAUAAAAGUAGUAAUUUUUCAAAUA